CUAUCAGAAAGACAUGAAGAAACAAAACAUGCGCCUGCCAGCCUGGGUCAUCUACGCUUUUCUGCUGCACAGCAUCCUUGCUGAGGACAAUGAUGGGUACCCAAAGCUUUCCAACGAGAUUGUCACUCAAACCGUCACCGAUACAGUCGUGACUAUGGUGAAUGCAACGCAGGCUCCUAGGAAAAUGACUCGAGAAGUAAGGAUUCCUCGCCUCGAUUCCAAGGACAACGUGUUCCUGAAAUGGGUGAAAUGGUCUGGUUCUCUGCCUCAGUGGGCUGUGAAGGUGUACAUACCUGGAAAGGGAAGAGAGGACUACAUCUGUGCACCCCGUACUGGUUGUUUCUGGGCCACUGGCUACUACAACCCCACCUUAGGCCCAAUCUGCUUCAACCCCUGUGGUGGGAAGGAGGACAAAUCCUCAACCUUCGAUUUACUGAUCAACGAGCAUAACAUGGAGCUGUUGGAGUGGAAGGCUUUCAAAGAUGACACCAACAACAUGGUCAGUUCAUAUGCAUCAGAAAUAUUUGUUGGGAAGUGCAAAAACGGUAUUGGUGCGAUCGCUAAUGGUAAUUUGUUCCUGCCCCUGAAUGGUAGGGAACAAGUAUACUCUAAAGUGGGCUUUGAUAUCCUGUCACUGGAAACAGGCCAAUCCAAGCAGAGAAUCUAUGACAUUAAGUACAACGUUAAUGAUCUGGUCAUGCUUUCCCAACAACCGACCGUAUUCAAUCAGAUGAGAGUGGAGAACCAUAACUGCAGAGACGUAGAUCAGGAGGUAAACCUGAUGGGGAGCACAGAGAGACAAAGUACCUGGGAGACAAGCGUCUCCGACAGCUUGACUCUCUCUGCCUCCAUGCAGGUUGAGGUACCGUUCUUCUCUUUCACUGCAGGAGUAGAGUACUCAAACGCCCAAACUCUCACCAAUGGCAACUCUCUCUCUGAGACCGUGUCUUACUCUCUCACUGUGAAAGUCACCGUCCCUCCCAACCACUCCUGUGUGGUGAAGAUUGCUGGGAAAAAGCACAAGUUCAACAUCCCGUACAAAGCUCAACUCUCCAGGGAGUUUACAAACGGGAGAGUCCGUACCGCCACAGUGUCUGGGACAUACAAAGGUGUCCAGGUGGGGGAGAUUCAUGCUGUGGCAGAGCGCUGCGUACGCCUCCCCAACGCCAAGCCCUGCCCUGUCUGAAACAGACGGCUUCAUCUAAUCCUAAAUGUGAAGUUUAGCAAACUACAUUUUAAGUGAAAUACAGUUUGAUGAUGACUUCUCAAAACACUGAUUGAUUCUUCCUUCCUACUUCUAAUUGACGAUUGAUCUUGUUUUCUUGAAUUUGUAAACUUAUUUUUUAUCACAAAUUCAAUAUUUGGAAUAAAUCAAACCAUUUUCUAAAUGUGCAUAAUAAAAGUACACAAAAGUAAAAUAUGUUUGAUGAUGACUUCUCAAAACACUGAUUGAUUCUUCCUGCCUUCUUCUGAUUGAUGACUACAUAUCUUUAGAUUGCCCUUGAAUGGUUUGUGCUCUGCUGUACCCCCUUGCAUUCCUGUGUGUGUUUGUAUACUCAUUAAUUGUUUGUAUUUCUGCCUUUAUGCAAUAAUAAAAAUGCAUUUAAAAAAGUAUGCUUUUAUUUGAAAUAUUCAAUAUUUAUGACAUUUUCAAAUUUUACUUUGUCAUAAAAUGUUUUGCAAUAUUAUCUCUAAUUCGCUUUUCCAUCUUUGUUGAAACUGCCUUCCAUCCAGGGCCAGAUGCAGCCUGCUUUGACAUGGGGUGCGGUGAAUUUUUUUGGGGGGUAUCAUGAUUACGGACAGGGAUCGUAUUAUUUUUCAUAUUGAUACCAUUUUCGAUCCGAGUGCUCAUCAGGCGUUGUAAACAUUCGGGGAUUAGCAAAUUUAAACGUAAUGUAUUUUGGGUUUGAUGUGAUGAGAGUUCAUGCAAGUGCGCAUUAGGCGAAUUGGCUGAUGCCUAUUCGAUAAGGUAGGUGUUGCGCUGCUUUAUGGGAUUUGUAGUUUGUGUGUUAUUGGCACUUCAUAAAAAAAAGGCAUUAAAAAAAAGAUAUAUAAAUGAUCUUGUGGGCCGGAAAUAAUUGUACGCUGGGCCGGAUGUGGCCCACGGGCCUUGUGUUUGACACCUAUGCCCUAAGGGCUGUGUUGCCAUGCUGCUGAUUAGAGAAGUACAUCAGCAGCCCUAAACUUCUGCCAGUCAAACGCACACACAUACACACACACACACAGCCUGAUGCAAACACAUACACUGCUAUGAACACAUAGUCACACACACUGCUACACACCCGUUGGCCCGGCGAUGAAAAGUAUUUUUGACGUGGUGCCCUCACUUUCCCUUCUUUCCU